AUGCCAAAGUUUAUUAAAUUCAAUGGAACUGGAAAUCUUCUCCAGCACCUGAACCAUUACACUCAGAAUAUGACACUGGAGGCACACAAUGAUCUAUUCAUGUGCAAGAUAUUCCCAUCCAGUCUGAAGGGGGUGGCCCUGGAGUGGUUCAAAAAUCGCCUAUGCAAGUCAAUCCCAAACUUCGAAUCACUGUGCGUCGCAUUUCUUGCCCAGUAUUGUGAAAACAAGAAGCAGAAAAAAACCAUUGCCAGUCUCUUCACGAUUCGACAGAUGAAGGGAGAGGGCCUGCAGGCCUUCCUCACACGAUUCAACAUGGAAUCUUCGGGCAUUCCAGAUUGCAAUCAGGAUACAGCCAUAGAAGUAUUCAAGAUAGCUAUGGUGCAAGGCUCACGUUUUCACUUUUCUCUGGUGAAGAAAACCUCGACUAACAUGUCAGAGUUGAAUUCACGACUAUAUCAGACUCGAAGAAAACGAAGUAACCAAACAGCAGAGGGUAACUCUGGUCAUUGUGGAAAGCCGACCGAAAGAACGACCGAGCACCUCGAGGAUCCAGCGAGAACCCCCAGUCAUCGAAAGAUGAGCCCCCGAGAAGAAGUCCCGGCCGAAAGAGUCACACCCCUCAAAGUGACGUUGGCUGGACUGUAUCAAGAGACGAAGGUAAGAAACAUCUUCCAGAUCCUACCACCAAUCAGACAACCAAUGGAGCAGAGAGACUAA